ACCAAAGCAGAGGGGCAGGCAGCACACAGCCCAGCAGCCAGAGUACCAGCCCCGCGACGGUCCCGGAGAUGAGCGAACGCCAAGUGUUCCACGCGUCCGAGCUCACCUUCCUCCUGGAAAACUGCAGCUCCUCCUAUGACUACGGGGAGAACGAGAGCGAGUCCUGCUGCCCGUCCCCGCCGUGCCCGCAGGACUUCAGCCUGAGCUUCGACCGCGCCUUCCAGCCGGCCCUGUACGGCCUCCUCUUCGUGCUGGGGCUGCUGGGCAACGGCGCCGUGGCGGCCGUGCUGCUGAGCCAGCGGACGGCGCGGAGCACCACCGACACCUUCCUGCUCCACCUGGCCGCGGCCGACAUACUGCUCGUGCUGACCCUGCCCCUGUGGGCCGUGGACGCCGCCAGCCAGUGGGUCUUCGGGUCUGGCCUCUGCAAGGUGGCCGGGGCCCUCUUCAACAUCAACUUCUACGCCGGGGCCCUGCUGCUGGCCUGCAUCAGCUUCGACCGCUACCUGAGCAUCGUGCACGCCACGCAGCUGUACCGCCGGGGGCCCCCGGGCCGCGUGAGCGUCACCUGCGUGCUCGUCUGGGGGCUCUGCCUCUUCUUCGCCAUCCCCGACUUCAUCUUCCUGUCGGCCCACCGCGACGAGCGCCUCGACGCCACCCACUGUCAGUACGACUUCCCGCAGGGGGGCCGCACGGCCCUGCGCGUCCUGCAGCUGGUCGCGGGCUUCCUGCUGCCCUUGCUGGUCAUGGCCUACUGCUACGCCCGCAUCCUGGCCGUGCUGCUCGUGUCCCGGGGCCAGCGACGGCUGCGCGCCAUGCGGCUGGUCGUGGCCGUCGUGGCGGCCUUUGCCCUCUGCUGGACCCCCUACCACCUGGUGGUGCUGCUGGACACCCUCAUGGACCUGGGGGCCUUGAGCCGCAACUGUGGCCGGGAGAGCCGCGUGGACGUGGCCAAGUCGGUCACGGCUGGCCUGGGCUACCUGCACUGCUGCCUCAACCCGCUGCUCUACGCCUUUGUGGGCGUCAAGUUCCGAGAGCGCAUGUGGGGGCUGCUCGCGCGCCUGCGCCGCCCCGGCCAGAGAGGGCACCAGCGGCAGCCGUCGUCCUUCCGCCGGGAGUCGUCCUGGUCCGAGACCACGGAGGCCUCCUACUCGGGCUUGUGAGGCCGGAUGCGGGCUCUCCUUUCGCCACGCGGCU